AUUUCUGUAAUCUGAUUGACAGAAAACCAACCUAUACAUUUAUCUUUAUUACUUUAGUAAUUACCAAAGUCGAACCCGGAGUUAGGUACAGGGUAUACCUAUUAAACUAUUUUAUAUGAACUUUAAAUAAUAAAAUGUUUCAUGUUAUUCGAAAAUCCGCUCUUACAAGCUCUGGCGUUUUGAAAAGUUGUCAAAGAGUAAAAUGUAUCACCGAACGAGAAUGUAUUCGAUAUCCAAUAAUUUCCCAAAGUAUAUUAUGGAAUUCAACUUUAUCUAACACAACUGAUCAGUUAAGAAUAUUAGAUAACAAUGUGUCAUAUUCUUCAAUUCCUAAAAGUAUUGUGUACAGGAAUAUAUCAUUGUCAAAUUCACAUUUGAGUAAAGAACCAUUGAAACCAUCUUCAAAAGUAGAGGUCACUGUUGAGAAUUUAAAGAAGAAAAAGGAUGAUGAACAGAAAGCAGCUACUGCUAUUAUUCAAGAACCUCCAAAAGAAGUUGUUAAAAAGAAGUCUAUUAAAGAAAAAAUAGUUGCAGAGUUACUUCACUAUUAUCAUGGUUUUCGUUUAUUAUUUAUUGAUAUGAAGAUUUCCCUUGGUUUAGUUUGGAGAGUGUUGAAUGGAUAUACUUUAAGCAGACGUGAAUAUCGGUUAUUAAUAAGAACUACAGGAGAUAUGUUCCGCUUAGUGCCUUUUUCUGUUUUUAUAAUUGUACCAUUCAUGGAGUUUUUACUACCAGUUUUUAUAAAAUUUUUUCCUGGAAUGUUACCUUCAACCUUUCAAACAGCAUCUGAUAAAGAGGAUAAAAAUAAGAAAAAUUUGAAAGUUAAAUUAGAAAUGGCAAAAUUUUUACAAGAAACAUUGGAUAAUAUGUCAUUACAGCACAAGGACCAUUAUUCAGAAGAAGCAAAAUCAUUUGCUGAAUGGUUCAAUCGUGUGAGAACGUCAGGUGAAAGAGUAUCUAAUGAGGAAAUAAUGAAAUUUUCCAAACUUUUUGAAGAUGAAAUAACAUUAGACUCACUUUCUCGAAGUCAAUUGAUAGCAUUGUGUAGAGUGCUAGAAGUUCAAACACUGGGAACAAAUAAUUUAUUACGUUUUCAGUUGAGAAUGAAACUUCGUUCAUUAGCUGCUGAUGACAAAAUGAUACAAAAAGAAGGAAUUGAUUCCUUAACUUUACCAGAAGUUCAACAAGCUUGUAGAUCAAGGGGUAUGAGAGCAUAUGGUUUAACAGAAGAUCGUUUGAGAUCUCAGUUAUCUCAAUGGUUAGAUUUAAGUUUGAAUGAGAAGGUACCCCCAUCUUUACUACUAUUAUCAAGAGCACUGAUGUUGCCUGAAACAAUUCCUACUAGUGAUCAACUGAAAGCCACUAUUUCCACUCUUCCUGAUACCAUUAUCACACAAACUAAAGCUGCUAUUGGUGAAAAGGAAGGAAAAAUUGAUAAUAAGGUUGCAUUUGAAUUGCUGAAAGAAGAAGAAAGAAGGAUUAAACAAGAAAGGAAAGAGAAAAAAGAGGAAGAAGCAAAACUGAAAGAACAAAAAGACAGAGAGACUCUAGUAGAUACUGCCCCUAUUAUUGAUGCUUCCGUGGAUCCUGAUAAACUUUCAUUGGAAAAAUUGAAUGAAAAACCGAAAGAAAAAGAAAUAGAAACGAAAGAUAUUGAAAUAAUUGAAAAUGCAUUGGAUAGCAUUUCUAAAGAAAAGGAAUUCAUUGUAGAAAAAGAAGAAUUACAAGACCUUAAGGAGGAAAUGGCUGACUAUAAAGAAGAUGUUGAAAAUCUUGAAAAAGAAGUUUCUUCACAACAGAAACCUGAAAUUAAAGAAAGUAAAGCUGCCAAGAGAUUAUUCAAUAAAGUUAAUAAAAUGAUAAAUAAACUAGAUUCAGUUCUUGUUGAACUAAAUGAAAAAGAAGGUCAACUUAAGAAAGAUUUGGAAAUCGAAGAAACAGAGAAGAAAAAACAACAGAUACUUAAAAUUGAAGACAUCAUUACUGCUAUUAAGCAGAUACGAGAUGUCCCUGAUCAAUCAAGGUUAGAUAAAAUAACAAAAAUGCUAAGAAAGAUUGAUGAUGAUCUUGAUGGAUCUGUUAAAGUGGAAGAUGUCCUGAAGGUUAUCGAAAUUAUUGGAAAGGAAAAUGUCAAUUUAUCAGAUAAACAAGUAGAUGAACUAAUAGAAAUUAUAGAUAAAGAGGAGAUAUUGGAAGUUGAAGACAAGAUUGAGAAGGCCCUUCAAAAAGAUAAGGAAACUAAAGUUGAUCAAACUAAGAGUAGCUCAGAACAUUCCCCAAAUGAUAGCAAAAUCAAAAACAAAGUUGACCCACAUAAAUCUGAUGAGAAAAAGUAAUCGAAAUGAUAAAGUAAUUGAAAAAAUUUUGUUUUUCUAAAACUUUAGUUGAAAUUAUUUCUAAAAAAAUUGAUUUAACUAUUCAAUCAUAUGAACAUUAAGGAACUAGUAUGAUUAAUAAUUGGGAAUGUUGUUGUGAACUAUGUUUAACAAUAGGUUCAUUGAGUAUUUCAAACAAGUUACAUUUAUUUUUAAAAUUAUUAAUUUAUUCAAUGUAUAAAUGCCAAAUACCGAAAGUUGAUCAAGCAUUUUCAUUGGAAAAUCUUUGAAUGUAUUUGCCUGUGUGUGCAGAGUAACCACUGACAUUGUGAUAUGCUUUUACAGGUAGUUGAUAUAAUGAUUGAAUUAGUAAUUAUUGAUACCUUGUAUAUUAGAUGUACAUUAUUAUGUAGCCUAUUUAAAUCAUAUGAAAUUAGAUUUGUUUCAUGAAAGAAAUUUAAUAUUUUAUUUGCAAUUCUCAUUCCACUCAGAUUUUCAGGUGCUGUUUUAUUUUUGUGAAAUAUAUAUAAGUGUAAUAUAUUAUGAAAAAUAAAAUGUUGAAUUUUGACUAUUACAAA